UUGGCAUUUCUUGCUCAACCUACCGCAUCAUGAUGUGGUCCAUUUGCACCGUGCUCGUGCUCGCCGCGAGCAUGGUAGUUGACUCUGUCCACGGGGCGGGUGCACAAUGCGCCGUGAUCGAAGACAACACCGACUAUAUCGGUUCCGAUGUCGGUGUCACGGCGCAGGCCACGGCCGAUGGGUGCUGCGCCGACUGCGAGGCGUCUCCUAUGUGCACACUUUUUGUGUGGGUGGCCGACGGCGCGUCCGGGCGGUGUAUCCUCAAGAGCUCUCCAUCCGGCAAGUCGUACUAUCCUGGUGCGCGCGCGUCGAAACUCCUCGCUGCUCCAGGCACGUGCACCGCGAUCAUUGAAGACUCCGAUUUACCCGGUAACGACCUUGGCGACCCCCUUCAACUGGACACGGUUGACCUUUGCUGCACGGCGUGCUCCCGAAGGCCAGGAUGCGCCGCAUAUGUCUGGAUCUUGCGAGACAACGUCGGCACUUGCCUCCUCAAAUCAUCCAAGGGCCAACCAAGCUACUAUCCUGGAGCGAGAGCGUCGUAUUUGGCUACCCCAACUCCUGCGCCAACUCCAGCACCGACUCCUGCACCAACUUCUGCACCGACCCCAGCACCAACUCCUUCAGUUGCACCUUCCACAGGUCCCACCCCGGCUCCAACUGCGGCACCAACUGCUGCACCAACGCCAUCGGCAUCGGGAGCACCCACGGUCGCUCCAUCGCAGUGUGCCCCCAUUCAAGAAGACACGGAUUACAUUGGCAACGACAUUGGCGAGCUCCAACUGAGCACGAUCGAUUUGUGCUGCGACGCGUGCUCGAACAAUGCCAAGUGUGUUGUGUUCGUGUGGGUGCUGCGAGAUGGCGUUGGGGUGUGCAUUCUCAAGAGCGUGAUGGGGGCACCAUCGCCAUUUCCAGGAGCACGGGCGUCCUUCCCGGUCGUGUCCACGCCUGCGCCUACUCCGUCGAAAUGCCCGACUGUCGAAUACAACAUCGACUACGACGGAUUCGACAUCUUGUCCAAGGCCCGAGCCAACCACGCCGACUGUUGCGGGGAUUGCGAGCGGACGCCCGGAUGCUCUCUAUACGUUUGGUCCAGUGGAACGUGCUACCUGAAGAGUAAAAAGGGUCCAUCGAGUCCUGCCCAGGGCGCCGUCGCCGCCGUGUUUCCGGUAGUGACGCCGACGACCCCGCUUCUACCGAUCGCGAGCGGCAGAGAAGGCACGUUUCCUCUGCCUACAACGGCGUUCAACUACAUCAAGGGGGGGCAGUGGAUCGAUCAAGGCACGCUCGCGAUGGUGCAAUCCCAAGUCGAAGCUUUCAAGGAAGCGUCGCUCGCGAGGCCCACAGCUGCCCACGAAGGCGAAUCGAUUCCGAUGUUUACGCUCGAGGCAGCGAUCGGGCUGGCGCCUUACAUCAACGUGACGUCCCCAGGCGACUGCGCGGUCCUCACCACCGCGUAUAAGGGCUACUUCUUCACAUACCUGCCUUCCUUGCUCGUGUGUUUAGUUCACGACAACACAGCGGACACGACACUUCAGAUGCUGGACGCGUCCGUCGUGGGAAAGCCGGCGACUGCAAUCACGUAUCCGCAGAUGCUGGACGACGCGUUCAAGUUGGCGCCGUUGGCCAACGUCGCGACCAACGCGGACUGCCUCAAGGCAUGCCAGGCCAAAGGGACUUGUGCUGGGGUUGUGUACUCUGCGACGGCGAAAUCGUGCACUUUCUUCCAGCCCAAGCCGUCCACGGAUGCGAACGUUGUCGCGGGGUGGGUGAACAAGGCGAUUUGGUCGGUCGACUCGUCGGGCGUUCAGUACUCGCGGAUGCCCAUGGCGACACUUCCCCGCGCCUACCUCACCGAAGUGAUGCCGGGCGUGGCCACAUUGGAUGUGUGCGCCAAGUUUGCCAAAGGAAGGGGCAAGACUCUGUUUACAUUUGUGGCGACGACGAAAGCUUGCACGACGUUUACCCCCACGGCCAGCACCAGCCGCAGCCUCCGCUUGAUCAACACGCCCGUCGUGCCCGUCGCGUUGUCUGGGUCGUUUGGCACAGACGUGGCAAAGGUCGUCAUGUCGGCCGUGACCGCCGCAGACUGCUACAAGUUGUGCGUGCCGACCCAAUCCAACUGCUUUGGCGCCAUGUUCGACUCAAACACGAGGGCAUGCACGUACCUGCAGCCGGCGUUCGACCCGCUGUCGACGCUGGGCUGGAUCAUCCCGUCGACGCUCCCGACGACAAUGGCCAAGGUAUCGCAGGUCGACUUUUACAUCACUGCCCACACGGACGACCACGAGCUGUUCAUGUCGGCCCCUGUGUACAAUUCGCUCAAGACUUCCACGACCAAGUCUGUGUUUGUGUACUUGUCUGCGGGCGACGGCGGCCAAACCAACAACUGGUGGCAAGCGCGUGAAAUCGGGACCGUGUCAGCGACCAAGACGUGGAUCAAUAUCUUUGGCACGUAUUCCCCCGUGAUGCGGAACGAGACGGUGCUGCUCAAGGGCCACAACCUGGUCAAGGUCACGGUGGGAAAUGCCGUCCACUACUUCCUGCGUUUGUCGGAGGAAGGGCUGGUAUCGGUAAUUAUCAACAACCAAGCCAAAGCGCCGCUCGACCAGCCCACACAAACGUACGCCAACGCCCAAGCAGUCAAAGACGUGCUCAAGGCCAUCAUCGUCGCGGAAGCGACAAGAGUCUCCAAGGUCACGGCGAGCUACUCCAAGUACCUGAAGGACGAGAACGUCGACCACAUCCUGCAUGUUGCGUCCGGUCGCAUCACGGGGGAACUACUCAACGCCGACCCCCUCUUCAACCGGUGCGUGUCGCAGUACCCGUAUUUUGGCUACCAACACUGGUACGACACGGUCAACAUGAACGACGCCGAGCGAGUCGCGCAGCGCGCCGCCUGGGUCGGCCUCUCGAUGGGCAUCCUGACGGCGCACUACCGAAACGUGUGGUCCGAGCACGCCCCUCACUUGGGCCGCACGUACGUCGACCAGGUCGUGACCAAGACAGCCCUCUGCGCGUUCUAGCUUCAUUCACUUUCAUGUUUGAAUGUACUACACGAAUUCCGUUGUUAUUCAU